GCGUAAAAAAUGUUUCGACGCCUUCGAAGGCACCGGCGUACCGACGCCUCCCCUUCGGAGUCUGAUCAACGGAAACACGGAUGAGUUCUUGAAACCGAGUCAGAUAGAAAGCCUUGGACGCUGGCUGAAGGAAUACGGUGAUGUUUUCGGUUUCUACUUGGGCGACGUCCCCUUCGUAGUCGUGAAGGACCCGGAGAUGAUAAGCGAGAUAUUCGCCAAAGAAUUCAACAACUUCCACAGCAGAGGGCACCUCCUGCGAAUCCAUGAGUUGGAACCGAUUCUGGAACGGAACCUCGUGCUCGUUGAGGGCCGCCACUGGAAGACGAUGAGAACCUGCAUGCAGCAGUUCUUCACGCCAGCAAAACUGAAAGUGGUGAUGCCCGCUCUGCUAGAUGCGCAGCGCGAGUUCUUAAACAUUCUGGGCGAGGGUGCCGACAGCGGCGUCGAAGUGGACAUCGGGAGCCGCUGCGAGCGGUUCACCUUCGACGUCAUCAGCAAGAGCGGGUUCAAUCUGGACACCCAGGUUCAGCGCAGUCCGGAUAAUCCGCUCUUCCAGAAGGCGCUGCGGUGCUUCCCCGGUAUCAUGAGCGGCUUCAUGUACAGCUUAGCCCUGAACCUCUACCACUGGCCGCGGGUCUUCAAGAUGCUUCACAAGCUCUUCGGCUACUUCUUUACGAAUCCACUAGUUGAAAUGACCAAGUACGCGGCCGAGAUCAUCAAAUACCGUCAUCAAAAUCCUCAGGUGGACGUGCCCGACAUGGCGCAACUACUACUGGACGACGCGCUUGGCAAGAGCAACUCGGAGACGAAAAAGAACGAAGUCCCUCAGACAAAUGGCGUACCAUUGUCCCAGGAAAAACUGUACGAGCUCAGCACCAACUGUAUGGACGUUUUCCUCGGCGGCUACGACACCGCGAGGCUGGCAUUGACGUACUGGUUUUACCUGAUGGGCAAACACCCCGACAUCCAGGAGAGAAUGAGAAGCGAAGUACUCGAAGCUUUCAAGAAAGAGGGCGACGAACUCUCCGUUCCGACACUCACGGGGCUGACGUACACGAACCAAGUACUGUCCGAGACGCUACGCAUGUAUCCACCCAUCAUCACGUUCACCACACGUUGCGCGGGUGAAGACUACCGGUACGGCAAGUACCUAAUCAAGAAAGGAACUUCUGUCAUGGUGCCCACGUAUCAGCUGCAUCACGACCCGCUGUACUGGACGGACCCAGAAAAGUUUGACCCUGACAGGUUUGGCCCCGAGAACAAGCAUCUCAUCAAACCGGGCGUGUACCAGCCGUUUGGCCUCGGCAUUCGCGUGUGCAUCGGCCAGCGUCUGGCCCUUCUCGAAAUGGCAUCGGUCACGUCGCAGGUGUUGCGCCGAUUUCGGAUAACACACGGCCCCAGUCAAAAGGUUGCUCCUCUUGCCAUCGUGGGCAGCGGGGUUCAGUGGCUCGAUGGGGGCCGCCGCAGUAAAAACAUUCGGGAGUCUCGGCUGCGCACCCGGCACGGAGGUGGGGAUCACCGCAACGUACACAGCGUGGUUCAUGGCCUGGCGGGCACGAACCGCAACACCACAGAUUUCCGCGAUGGUGAGGAGGGAGUCAAUAUCGGCUCCAGCAGGGACGUCAACAGCAGCAACAUUCCUGCGGAAGUUCACUCGGACUCGCUCUACGCCCUCAAGCGCAGCCAAGAAGGCAGAGAUCGCCUCUUGCGAGGCCUGCCUGAAGGUGGCUUGGACGCUGCACCCCUUGGAGGAGCAGACGAGCUGGCAGUCUCGGGGCGCUUGGGCUGCCGUGAGGUGGUCGGAACCAGCGGGCGGCACAAGGGGGUGUCGCCCGAUGGGUCGAUCGGAGACAGGGCCGGAAAACCAUCAGGUGGGACGGUUCUUAGGACGCAGCUUGGGCGCACCAGCUGA